UGGCUCACAGCUUCCGCCAACCCAACACACCGUCAAUCAGCUGCGGAGCCGUGCGUCCGGUUUCGGCGCGUGUCCGAAAGACCCCACGGGAGGCAAGCACCCGGUCAGGGGCUGCUUCCAUGGAAGCGGAGGCCGAGGCCAAGCGCCAAAAGACGGAUGAAGGCUACGUAGCACGGCCCCAGGAGCCGGAGGUCAAAGAGGAGGUGAAGCAGGAAAUAAAGCAGGAAGAGAAGUCCGAAGUGAAGCAGGAGAUGAAGCCAGAAGUUAAGCAGGAAGUGAAACAGGAGGUUCAGGAUACACCUCAGGAGAAAGAGACGGAUGCAGCUCCAAUCACUGGGAUGCCGUUGCGACCGAAGGCCUUCUUCGACACGGUAGACUGUCUGUUAAACGUGGUUCCCUCGUUGAAUGGCCAGGUGCUCAUGCCACUCACUGAAGGGGGCCUGCAGUACUUGCUGGCAGGGGCCCGUGCCAAUGUGGGUGUCAAGAGCGGCCGGUAUUUCUACGAAGUGAAGGUGAUCGAGACGCUGAACCCCUCAGAGGGCCAACAGCGCACUGGGAGGUCACCAAUGCCUCGGCAGCUGUUGAAGCUGGGCUUCUCUACGCUGGAGUCCCCUCUGCUCAUCGGGGAGACGGAUGAAAGUGCCAGCUUCGACUCAGAAGGCUACUACUAUUGUGGGAAACAAAAGCAUGGGGUUUCCCAACGCCUUUGUAAGGAUCAGGUCAUUGCGGUGCUCCUGAAUCUGGACCCGUCCAGCCCCAACAAGAACACCAUCAGCCUCUUCCGGGAGGGCGUGCGGAUCACCCAGCCUCAGACCUUACCUGCUUGUCUUGCGGGCAAAACGCUCUACCCACACGUGUGCUUCAAGAACAUCACCGUCCAGACGAACUUUGGGCCUCCCUUGAUGCCAUUGCCCUUCAAGUGCCACAUGGUCGGGCAGGCACCUGCCACAGAUGCUGUUGUGGGCAUCGAGCCUGCUCCCAAUGGCACUUACGAGGUGCUCUUCCCCAUCGCCAUCCCUGAUGAGGGCACCUUUGACUGGUUGGAUGACUUCCUCAAGAAGAAUCCAAGGUAUGUGGAAUUGUCCGACCGGGCGAUGGGGGAGUGGGCGGAGCGCAGCGGGGUCUUUCGCAACAAGAACUACAGUUGGAAACACUGCAACGAUAAGCCGGACCUGCAAACGGGCUUACCUUUGCUGGACGACUUCAGUGCGCGGAAGAUCCUGGGCGUGGUUGCUCCCACUCAGCCACGAAACUAUGUGGUUAUGGAGAUCAAAUCCAACUUGCUUAGGGAUGAGAGGCAGCUCUUCAUCCGGAGGUUCAAGCGCCCAGGCUUCAAAGUCGUUGCGCAGGUGAUGAUGGGUGAACCUCCUGCCGAGUUUAAGGCAGAGGUGCACAAGAUUCUGUUGGAGGAAAAGCAGAAGAAGGCGGAUGAGGAGUGGCAGCAGAGAAAGGCUCAGCGUGAGGCUGAACGUGUCCUGCGCGCCCGAGAGAAAGAGAUGGAGGAGGUGCGCCGAAAGGCUGAGGAAGAGGCCUUGGCUCGUGCGCAGGCCGAGGCCACUGCACAAGCAGAGGCUGUUAAAGCUCAGCUUAUGGCGCAGGGCGGUGUCACCGAGAUUGCGGCCACCGAGCCGGCGGUCCCGUCGGUGGAGAUCAUCGACGACGGCGAUGCACCGAGUGCACAAGCCACGCCAAACGCUCCGGUGCCUCCAGGCGAAGUGAAGCACGAGAAGCCUGAUGUUGUCAUGACAGAGGCCAAGGAGACAAAACCGCCGGAGAAGAAGGCAGAGGAACCGCCAGAGGAACCCAGGCCUGUGGUGACUCUGAGUGAGGAAGAGAAAGCCAUUUGCUUCAAGCAGAAGGCGACCUCGGAUCUCACUAGCUGGACCCUGGGUGGCCACUUCACACGCUUCAGCUUGCCUGAGGCUGAUGAGGGCUUCGAUGAGAUUCGCUAUGUGUGGAACCCUGAAGCUGUCUGCAAGGAGUAUUUGCACAAGUGGAUCAUCAAGAACAAGAUCCUCUGCCGGAUGGAAGAUAUCCUUCCAUCGGAUUGGUUCCACUCCAAAGCUGCCGAGUGGCAAAAGGUCUUGGCUGACUGGCACAGCAAGCAAGGAGAGUUUGCAGCAAAGCAGGCCUAUGAAGUGGAAGAGCCAAAGGAAGAGAAGAAAGAUGUUGAGGAUGUCUUCGCCGUGGAAGACAUUUGCAACACAGCCGCGGGCGAACCGCUCUUUGCAAAAUUCACCUUUGAGGAUUGGGCCUUGCUAAGCUUACGGCUGGAGCUGCACCUCUUGGUCCAUAGCUUCCGAAGAGAUGCUAACGACCCAGAGCGGAUUGGAAUCCACGAGAGCCACCUGCCUUUCUACUACAACAAAUAUUACAAGAAGACCUUCAACGUGAAGCACUAUGGGGUUGAGACAAAUCUCCAGCUUUUGACCUUUAUCAAGGACACGGUGGAGGUCAACCAGGAAGUCCUCCAGGCGGUGCUCAGCGAAGAUGUGGAGAACUUCGAUAUUUUCGUGAAGCUCACCGAGGCUGCGAGAAGAGAUCGCAUGCAGAAGUUGGAGAACGGCGACGAGAGCGCUCGGCUCCGCUUUGCGCGGCCGGAAGAGAUCCGGCCGGACGCGCACAAGGCGGGCUACAAGGGCCAGACCACCACCUACAAGGGCCAGGCAACGACCUACAAGGGGCAGGCGACCUACAAGGGCGCUGGCCGAGGAGGCUAUCAGCCGCAAAAGGGCGUCUACCAAGCAGGCUUUCGUGCCUACGGCUCGAGAUGAGGGCCUCAUAAACCUACUCAGAGCGGCUCAGCACAGCCCAGGCAUUUCGCGAGUAUGUGGCUUUCUUUGGCAUGUUUCUUGGAGUCCCCAGGGCUUUGCAGUUGUUCGACCUAACCACCUGAAACGAGGGAAACUUAGAACCCUUUUGGAACACCUUGUGUUGAUUCG